CAUUUUUUUGGGUUGUGACUGCUUAAAAAAAAAAAAAAUCAUAUUUAUUUGUCAUGCAUUGCUUUGACAUUCAUCUCCUUCACUACUAAUGUGAGGUGCAGCACCUUUGAGGAGCUCGGAGUGUGGACUCAGGAAGCAAACGGCCUUAUCGGUGCUAGACAGUCAAAUCUGUGGAGGUUGGCAAGGUAUGCAUGAAUCCAUGUGUGUAUAGUAUGUAUGUGUGUGUAUGGUGGGGGCUGCUGCUGCUGCUGCUGGUGGGAGGAACUUCCUCCUAUUCUUCUGCUGUUGAAGAGUUCCCAUGGGCGCCCCUGCCAGCAGCGACACUGUGGCCUGAGCAGGUCAAGCCAGCGCCAGUCUUGCCUCUGUGUUGCUGGUGGCCGAAUGCAAAAAUCUCGAAGAAAGCGGAAGCAUGGAAGCUUGUGAACUUGAUCGCCAUCGCUGCACGUCGUUACAUGGACAGUAGUUCAUCAAGUGGAGUCAUAAACGCCAGAUUACAACCUUCGGAUUGGACAUUUUCAACACGAAAACAACCAAGCGGGAGCCGUGGGCCUCUGCGAUGAUCCACAACACGCUGAAAUCCCCCCAGGAGGCGGAGCAAAGUCCCACAAGAACCCACUCGGCCGCUCAACGGAGGCUUUGGAGGUACUCGGGCUAUAGAGGCGCCGGUCGGCCCGAAAGUCAGCGUCGAAGUGUGUGCGUGCUUUCGGCCGACCUGAACGGGACAACAACAGGAGGGGGGGUCAUGCACACCAUCCACGGCUUGUGUCACCUCUGCAUCGGAUGUAGGCUACCACAGGUGACCAUCCUUCGAGGAAAGGAUGGAUACGGCUUCACCAUCUGCUCAGAUUCCCCUGUGAGGGUGCAGGCUGUUGACCCAGGGGGCCCAGCGGACCAGGCAGGACUCCAGCAGCUGGACACGCUCCUGCAGCUCAAUGGUCAGCCUGUGGAGCAGUGGAAAUGUGUGGACUUGGCCCACGCUAUUAGAAACAGCGCCAAUGAAAUCACAGUGGUGGUGUGGCGCACGGGCCCCUCAGCCAAGCCAAACUUCGAGGGUCUCAUCCACCGCCCCUCCUACAAGCCGGCCUCCUCCUCCACUUACGAGACGCCCUCGCCGCCCGUCCGCAGGCGCGACCCAGAUCUGGGCUCCGGUCGAACCCCACCAGCCGUGCCCCCACUCCCGGCUCACCACCGGGCCUCCGCUGCCCGCAGACUGCUGGUCAACGGCUCUGAAGGCGCCCCCGGCGGCACCUUAGGGAUGGGAACCCUGAGGUGGGGCGCCCAGGGGGGGUCGGCCGAGGAGCUGGACGGGAAGCCGCGGCUCCUCCACCACCCUCACACGGCGACGCUGAAGGGGACGAGGGUGAAGGCGUCCAACGGGGACAACUACAUCAUCCUGUCCCCCAUCAACCCUGGAAGCCAGAUCUUGAGGCCUGUUUAUCAGGACAAUCAGGGAACUUUAGCCAGCAGGUUGUAUCCCACACGACAAGCCUCCGGCUCACUCAACCAGUCCGGCGUUGCUGGUGGAACCUUUUCCCCGGGCUUGAGCAGCAGCAGCAGCAGUGUAGGAGGGGGCGGCCCUUUCUCCAGCCGCACCGGCUUCCUGCGCCGCUCCAACAACUCCAAGAUGCCGAAACCCUCCAGCGGUACCUCCAACUCCAACUACCAGCAGCAAAGCCCCAACUUUGCCAACUACCAGAACUGUACCAUAGUACGCUCACACGUGCCACAUGGAAACAACUAUGGAUAUGUUACCGUGGCGCCCAAGAUCCUCAUCUUCCCCAUUUUUGUUCAGCCUCUGGACCUGUGCAGCCGAGCUCUCGUCAUAACAGAGGAGAUGAUUCUACAUGAGAGCAAGCAUCAUGCGCUAAAGGUGACGGUGUUCGUCUACACCGACCUGAUGCUGGUCACCAGAGAGGACGAGCCCGGCAGGUGUAACGUCCUUCAGAGUCCUUUGUACCUGCGGCAUCUGAGGCUACAGGAUGAUUAUGCUGAAGAACUGAGAUUCUACCUUAUUCACAUGACUGAGAAGUGCGACUGCCUGCUCAGCCUGGAAGCGUAUUCGGCUGAGCAGAAGCAUCACGUGUGCCAGUGCCUGAAGGACAACAUCGACAAGCAGCUCCAGCUUCACCGGAGGGAUCCCAGCCUUGAGCGUUUUGAGCAGAUGUUGGAGCCAAAGGUGGAUGCCGCAUCUUGUGAGCUGGGUGGAGUCGGGGUCGACCGAGGGGGGGUCUGCCUCCACCUGCCAGGCCGGGUUUCCGAAGGCGAGGAGAGCAGCCUGUAUCCGUCCAGCCCCUCGGAACCUUUAACCUUAAGCAGCCCUCACCCCUCGGAGCCGCUCACCCCCCUGCAUGAGGUGUACCUGCCCCUCGGGAGCCUGGGGGGCUCAGAGGAGCGUCAUAAGGUUCCCCCCACGCCACCGCCUUCCACCGAGGGAGAGGACUGGAAAAGUAUGGACGGACAUGAAAUGGAGAUCUGGAGAGAGGACAGGAGAGCGUAUGAGGAUGAAGAUGGUGCCAGCCGGAAGAGUGAGCUGGAGGAGAGAGAGGAUGAUGACGUCGAGCAAGACGAAGAAAUCAACCUGGUGGUGUCCAACCCAGAUGAGGACAACGCCUCUGAGCCGCCCGACACCAACGCCCCACCUUCCUCGUCAUCGUCCUCAUUUGUUAUUCCAGAGCUGCGCCUGGACCGCUCCUUCAGUGCCGACGCCCUGUCCUCCCCCAACACGGACGAAGAAGAAUACGACGAGGAGGACGACGACGACUCUGAUGAGGAAGAGGAAGAGGACGACAGCGACGAUGCCUACCUGCAGCGCACUGACAGCAAACGCCGCUCCAUGGUGGAAGGCGCCACCUGCGAGAAGCACGGAGGGGGCGGGCUUAGUGUGCAGAACUCCCUGCGCAGGCGCACCCAUAGCGAGGGCAGCCUCCUGCAGGACCCCCGCACGCCAUGUUUCACCUCCGACAAUGCCAUCAACUGCUUGGAGGUGGGCGGGGCCCGACACAAGGGCGGCUGGACGCUCCCCUCGCCGAAGACGCUGAAGAAAGAGCUGACCAAGAACGGCGGCUCCAUGCAUCAGCUGUGUAUGCUUUUCGCCGGCAGAAAGCUCAGCUCCGGAUCCCCCUGCAGUUGCGAGGUUCGCCCAGACGGCACAAAGAAGAAGAAAUCCAAGAACCUGGCCAAAGACAUGAAGAAUCGCUUGGCUUUCCUGCGGCGGAGGAACGAGUCGCCGGGAAGCAACACAGCCGGAAAGUUGGACAAAACUAUGAAGUCCGUCAAGCCCACCCCGGAGGAGGCACUCAAGUGGGGGGACUCGCUUGACAAGCUGCUGGGACACAAAUAUGGUCUGGCAGCUUUCAGAGCGUUCCUGCGCACCGAGUUCAGCGAGGAGAAUCUGGAAUUUUGGCUGGCGUGCGAGGAGUACAAGAAGAUCAAGUCGCAGUCCAAGAUGGGCUCCAAAGCUAAGAAGAUAUUUGCGGAGUACAUUGCGAUACAGUCUUGUAAAGAGGUGAACCUGGAUUCUUACACUCGGGAUCACACCAAGGACAACCUGCAGAAUGUGACGCGCUCCUGCUUCGACCUGGCUCAGAGGCGGAUAUACGGCCUGAUGGAGAAGGACUCGUACCCUCGCUUCCUGCGCUCGGAACUCUACUUGGACUUGAUCAACCAAAAAAAGGCCAGCUCCACUUCGACUUCCUCUUCAUCAUAAGAGGCAAGAACAAAACAAGAUACUGGGAAUCAUCGUCCCACAGCCGAGGUUUUUUUGUCUCUCGUCCGAUGAUGUGUUUUUUUUGUUGUGCGCGGACACGGCAAAGGAUUGUCUUUAUUUGAGUGGACUGCUUAAAGAAAGCCUCUCAUUGAGGGCUGGAUGCUUGUCUCAUCACUGUUAUUUUUUGUUUGGUCCAGUUGUACUGGAGAGUUAGGACAGGGGUUUGCUAAAAAAAAAAACAAACCCGCAGA